GUGUGUGUUCUGCUGCAGUCCGCCGCGCCGCGCCGCCUCCAUCACUAUCAAGGGAUAGCAUGCGGAUAUGGACGAGAGGGUUUUGGGAGAUGUGCCUACAGAGGGCAGUGAAGGAGGACGCAGAUUCGGCAUUUACAGAGCCCACAGUCCCGACCCUAAGAUGAGUAGUAUCAGCAAAGUGAGGCUGGCGUUUGUCAUAGCCAUUGCUGCUGUUGUUACUUUUGCUGUUUUCUUCCCUACGAUACAAUACGCAUCAAGGGCAAGCAAAAAGUCUGUAUCGUUGCGAUAUCCUGGUAACAUAAAUAGGUCUUUGGAUAAAAAUCCAUCAUCUAUAGUUAAAUCUUCGAAUUGCUCUGCAAGUGUCUUUGCAUUCGGACAUGACUGUAAAGAAAAUUUAACCAAGUCUUCUAUGAACAAUUCUUUCACGAGUGACGUUGAUAUUUCAGUUUUAGAAGUAAAAACUUUAGACGACAUCAGUAAAACACAAAUCCAAGACCUGAGCUCCGAUUUGAAUAAAGGCGCUUCUGACACACAUACCUUCAAAGUCCAAAGGUCAGGAAGAAGCAGAUGGCCCAAUUUAUCAACUCCUUAUCCUUAUUAUAACUUACCAAAACCAACACCCUCGACCACUGAAAUGAACAUUCAACAAACUAACAUAUUUGCUAUUCCAUCAGACCUUAUUAGUGAUAAUUUUUUCCAGUCACACUAUCCAAGAGUAAACUUUACUCCUCCUCCUUAUGUUUUCACUCCGUACCCAAAUUUCACUGAUAGCUAUGCACAGCUGUCUCCUUAUAAAACACCUAAAAAUAGCAGUAACUUCGAUGAAGUUAUGACUUAUUUGAAAAUGAACGGAGCAGCGGACAAACUCUCACAGAACGAGAUGAGUGAAAAUGUGUUACAGACUCGAACAACAACGAUGCGGGUUAGUGGAACCUAUAUCAUGCCGUUCGAUAAAAGGAGACCAGGAGAAAUUAUCGUAUCUGGGACAGAUGAAGACGAAAAUGGUAGUCCAUAUUACAAUGGACAUGCUUACGUCACCGAUCCAUUUCUAAAAUUCAGACCUUCAAAUCCACUAGAAAUAAACCGAUUAAUACCUAUAAAGUCAGGAUUGGAUACUGGUCCUCGAUUUCGAAAACCGAUAUCUUUCGUGCCAACGUCAUCUAUAGCAGUAGACAUCACUCCUCCCCGUCCGCCCACUGAUUCAGAACUUCAGUCGGUUAGAAGCCAUACGGUGGCCAUCUUUCACUCACCUGCUACAGUACCGUCUAGACCACCGCUGUUGCAGAAGACGACACCUGCCCCUACGAAAGAGAAGUCCAUGAGUGUUACUCUGGACAUAUAUCCUGUCACAAUGGAGACUGACUCAGAAAUAAACAACGCUCCAUCGGCUCCACCAUGGAGAGAGCGUGGACGCCCUAACUCCAAGUGGAGGCCUAAGUCUACUGAAAGGCCGAGGUGGAAGCCCCAGGCUACAAGGAGGCCAGUUCCAGCCCCUCCAAAACCACCUUCCAGACAACCACAUGGUUUUACAUCUUAAUCUGUAUCCAAACAAAAGAAAAACUUAUUCGCCUCCCAGGAGAUCAAGAGUAGAGAGCUCGUCACAGCUGCGUAACAAGACGACAAUGUCAGGUGGUCAGUUCCUUGCUCGAAGUUCUAAAAAUCCUGAAGAAGAAGAAGAAGAAGACGAGCAAGAAACAACUACUGCCUUGCCACUA